CUGAGCUCCGCGCGGUGACCUGGGGACAGCCUAGCCGAGCUCCCGGCGUCCACCUCCACUUCCAGGUAUUUGCCGAUGCGGGCCUCCUGCCGGGGAAUUCACCCCACGGUGCGGAGCUGUGGCUGUCGCCUCUUUCUGCAGCGCCAGGCUGCGCCUGGCCUCAAAGUCAAGAAGUCAUUAUGCGACUAACACAUCUUCAUCAGAUUUCCUCUGAUUUACCGUGAAGUGUAUGUGAGAAUGAUGUGCACUGCCAAGAAAUGUGGAAUUAGGUUCCAGCCUCCGGCUGUUAUCUUAAUCUAUGAGAAUGAAAUGAAGGCAAAAAGUCGCCAGCGCAUCAUGCCUGUCCGAAACUUUUCAAAGUAUUCAGAUUGCAGCAGAGCUGCUGAACAAUUAAAGAAUAAUCCACGACACAAGGGUUACCUGGAGCAGGUAUCCCUGAAGCAACUGGAGAAGUUAUUCAGUUUUUUACGAGGUUACUUGUGGGGGCAGAGUUUGGCAGAAACAAUGGAACAAAUUCAGCGGGAAACAACCAUUGAUCCUGAGGAAGACCUGAACAAACUAGAUGACAAGGAACUUGCCAAAAGGAAGAGCAUCAUGGAUGAACUUUUUGAGAAAAAUCAGAAGAAGAAGGAUGAUCCAAAUUUUGUUUAUGACAUUGAAGUGGAUUUCCCACAGGAUGAACAACUACAGUCCUGUGGCUGGGACACAGAGUCAGCUGACGAGUCCUGAUAACCAAAAACUAAAAAAAAAAUGAUUGGGUAGUAGAAAAUCCAUGUUUAUACAAGACCAUAGAUUGGUUGUAGAAAAAUCUGUAAAGAACACUAUGCAUAUUGGGUCACGUUUGGACUGACCAUGUUACUUUUCAAAACCAAGAUAUGUAGAGCAUCUACUAUGUCGGUGCAUAUGGAAUAUAGGGAAAAGAGAAUAUAGGAAUCUGCCUUUAAGGAGCUUACAGUCUAAUUGGAAGAUAAGUCAAAAGCUUAUGAAAAACUAGUUUAAUGGUAUUAGGAAGCAUUAGAUCCAAAUGCUUGAUAAAGGCUAGAGAGGAUCAGAACCUAGAUUACUGUAGGGUAGAAUAGUCAGGGAGGACUUUGUCCAUCAGUGGCAAGAUGGUACUUUGCCUGGCCCUUGAAAUGGUAGUAUUUGGAUAGAAGCUUAUAUAGGAUUCCAGAUUAAACUGGGAGGAAAAAAAGGGGGAUGUUGCAGGGGAUUGGUAAAGAGAUAGGAAUUAGAACGUUUUAUUUGAGGAGCAGUAAGCAAAUUAUAGUUUGAUAAGAUCAGAGGGCAUAUAUGGUUGCCAGGGGAUUAUUCUUUAUGCAUUGUUUUUAUAUCUAUUUAACUCUAGAGUAGAAGAGUACCCCUGCAGAAUGCCCUGCAGCUUCAAGUGGAUGUAAUCUGAUGGAUAGCAGGAGAAUUCUGCCCCAUCCCCCUGCCCCAGUAUCAGGAAAUAUGUACUAAAGACAUUCUGAAACCCUGAACCUCUUCGCAUAAAUAAGAGGUUGGUUUGUAAAAUGGGAAAUCUACCCAUAAUAAAUGAACAUAUGUACAGCCAGUUUAGGCCUAUUCAUGAGUUUGUAUCUCCAAAGAGAAGAUCCUUUUUGAACAAGGUUAUAUAUGUACAGGUAUAUCUUUCUUCAUAUUAGAAUAUCAUUUAAUUGGUAGAAAUCCUGUUUUCUGCAAGAAAAUUAAUACCCAUUAAAUAAAG